GCUGAUAGUUCUACCUUUUCUUGACGAUUUGCGCGCCAUAGAAAGCCCACAUUUGGAGAGUUUACCUGCGCUACCAAGCAUGGAUCAGAAAGAGGCUGCGAAAAGUGUGAUUUCACGUCUGGCGAUGAGGUGGGAGGAAUACUACCAAGGCUAUAGCAAUCCCGGUUUGCAAAAAUUUUAUGCCGGCUUGCAAGCCCUGGCCCUAGAGCAAUCAGAGGUAGACUGGAAUGAGUCGGCAGACGACCGAACAUGGCCGGAUGAGAAAGAGUUGCUGGGACGGACGGGUGAGGCUAUGCGUGGUUUGUGGGAAUCAAGCCGCGAUCCGGACAAGGUCCUGAACGGCGGGUCAAGUGGA